UUAAAAGGAGAUCCACGCUUUCCAGUAAUCCUCCUUGCAGUUGGCAGACGCUCAGCAUAUUUACCUUCACAUUAAGGUCAAAGUGCACUGCAGGAUGUGGCUCUUGGCGCUGGUCCCCCUCUGCCUGGCUGUCUUUGCAUCCCUCGGCAUUUGGACUGUGUUUGCAGUUUCUGUGAUGAACAACACAGUGAACCUCACUAACGGUUUCCCGUACAUCAGUGAGUGUGCCUGGGUACCUCCCCAAAAAUGUCUGUUCUCCCAGAUAUGUAACCUCAUCGUUCUGUCAGCUCUUUGGAUCGGCAUGGUCCAGUUCCAGCAGGUCAAACAGCUUGGGAACCAUGGAAGAGUCAACACUGCCAGCGCCAUUGUGGGGUUUCUCUCCUGUGGAGGACUUUCCAUCAGCACCAGCUUCCAUCACCCUGAGACGAACCCAAUCCAUGUGGGGGGAGCCACGGUGGCCCUCUUGCUCGCCAUACUCUACUUCUGGUUGCAGGUGUAUCUGACAUAUGAGGGCAGGUCGUUUCCAGAGCGGGUCUGGAUGUGGCCUUUACGGGCUUUGAUCUGCACCAUUGGCUCACUCAUCGGCUUUGCCAUUAUUGGCUUCUUCUUGAUCGACUAUAUCUCCGGAUUGACUGUGUGUGAAUUUGCUUUAGCAAUGGUGAUCUUCAUCCUCUUCGGUCUUUUUGCUGUCGAGUUCAGACAUAUUGAAUGUCACAUUCUCAUUGUGCAAAAAACACAGUUAAAGGAUGAGAAGAACCUGGAGUCAGUGAAAGCCAACUUCACUGUUGUUGAAGCAAUCAGCUGAACUUAUUACAGAGUUUUAUGAGAAAUAAAAGAUACAUUUACAGUGUUUAUUUAUAUGGUGGUAUAAUGAAAAAGCUGGAAAUGUUUUUUCGCCACUCACAUGCCGCCAGGUUAACUCACCACACUCUCGUGAUGCUACAGCAUGCUCCUCCCUCUCCAGAUCUAAAUAUAAUUAACUUUAAAAUGUUGAACAAAGUAUGCUCCACGGGAAAUGGAUUGAAUUUUAAGUAGAUUCGCAACAAGCCUUAUAACAUAUUCAUGGACUAUAUUUUUAUCUUUUACAGUAAUUAUCAAAAAAUGUGAGUUUAGCAAAUAUUUUAGCAACAUGUUAACAUUUUACCCUAAUAGUUUACUGAAGAUUUUUAUGCAAUUGGGAUUC